AUGCCGCAGAACGAAUACAUUGAACGCCACAAAAAGCUUUACGGUAGGCGGCUUGAUUAUGAAGAGCGGAAAAGAAAGAAGGAAGCGCGUGAGCCACAUAAGAGAGCUGAAAAGGCGCGUAAGUUAAGAGGUAUCAAGGCUAAGAUUUACAACAAGGAACGUCGUAAUGAAAAGAUUCAAAUGAAAAAGAAGAUCAAGGCACAUGAGGAGAAAAAUGUUAAACAAAAUACAGAGAAAGUGUCUGAGGGUGCGUUGCCUGUGUAUCUUCUGGACAGAGAUGUACAAUCCCGCGCCAAAGUUCUGUCAAAUAUGAUUAAACAGAAACGCAAAGAAAAAGCAGGAAAAUGGGAUGUUCCAAUACCAAAAGUAAGAGCACAAGCUGAUGCUGAAGUGUUUAAAGUUUUAAAGUCUGGUAAAUCAAAGAGAAAAGCAUGGAAACGGAUGGUAACCAAAGUUACAUUUGUAGGAGAAAACUUCACACGUAAACCGCCUAAGUUUGAGCGUUUCAUUCGGCCAAUGGCAUUGCGGUUUAAAAAAGCACAUGUCACCCACCCAGAAUUGAAAGCCACCUUCUGUCUGCCAAUAAUAGGUGUUAAAAAGAAUCCCAGCUCUCAAAUGUAUACAAGUUUGGGAGUUAUAACUAAGGGUACGGUCAUUGAAGUGAACAUUUCUGAACUUGGUCUUGUGACACAGGCUGGAAAAGUUGUUUGGGGGAAGUAUGCUCAGGUCACCAACAAUCCUGAGAAUGAUGGUGUAAUUAAUGCUAUACUUCUUGUUUGA